AUGCACCGGGACAGUUUGGUGCCUGUGCUUGUUAGCUCGGCAGUCUCAGUGUGUGCGACGCUUGCGUGUGUUUCAUUACUGCUGAAAUCGAGAAAUGAGCCCGUUGAUUCUGGCCCUAAACAGCCCAAACCGGCAGCACAGAAUUUUGAUCAGGAAAUCAUCAACGAGCAGCUGGCGAGAAACCGCGCCUUUUUGGGCGAAACCGGAGUAGCCUGUAUUCGCAAAACCAAAAUUGUUGUGGUCGGAGCAGGCGGAGUUGGCUCAUGGGUCGCCACGAUGCUUGUUCGUAACGGCAUCGGACGGCUGAGGGUCAUUGAUUUCGAUCAGGUCACGUUGUCGUCACUGAACCGGCACUGCUGUGCUACGCUGGAGGAUGUAGGUACAUCAAAAGUCAAUUGUCUGGCUGCAUAUCUGAAUAAAGUUUGUCCGUGGGUGGAAAUCGAGCCCAUUAAUGCCCUGUGGACCAAAGACAAGACCAACCUGCUAGACGGGGCAGACUACGUGGUGGAUUGUAUCGACAACAUUGACACAAAAGUUGAUUUGCUUGCCUACUGCUAUCACAAUCAGAUCCCCGUGAUUUCCUCAAUGGGUGCGGGUUGUAAAGGUGACCCCACACGGGUUGAAGUCGCGGAUAUUUCUCGCACUGCUGAAGACCCCUUGAGUCGAGCCACAAGAAUCAAGCUGCGCAAGCGAGGCGUCAAACAAGGAAUUCCUGUUGUAUUCUCCAGUGAAAAGCCCGGCAAAGAUAAAGCCAAGCUUCUGGACCUCGAGGAAAGUCAAUUGGAGGAGGGAAAUGUCCACGAGCUGUCGGUCUUGCAAGACUUUCGAGUACGCAUUCUGCCUGUUUUGGGCCCACUUCCUGCUCUGUUUGGUUUAACAAUUGCCACACAUCUUUUGACUCUUCUCGGUGGCUACGAUUCUGUGUAUGACCCGCUUCUUGGUGGUUAUUCGGUUGCUGGCAAAAACCGUACCAAGCUUUACGAGAGCUGCUUGCAUAGCGUGGUUGGACAAAUGGCCCGUAUGAAGUGGACUGAGGAGCGCGAGACGAGCGUGAGCAUCGACGAUGUUGCCUACCUCAUUGAAGAGGUUUGGAAGGGCAAGACCAUUACUGGGCAGUACAACCGGCUGCAUUUGACGGUUUGGGACCCAGCAAAGCCUCGCGAUAUUCACAACAUGGUUCCUGUUAAUAAAGAGCAGCAAGCGGCCCAUGAGGAAAAAGUGUUCAGGCAGAAGCUUCCCUUGGAAGAGGUUUACUCGGCCGAGGUGCUUGAUCUCGUCAUGCGUCGACAAAAACUUGACCAGUGGUAUGAGACUUUUCGAAGCAACUAA